CCGCUCAAAUGCCCAAAUCUGAUAACAGUCUCUCAACUGUCAAUCCUGAGCUCCCCCAUCUCAACUCUUUUCACUCUUCCUUCACUGUUUUGUUACUGCCAAGUACCCCCAGUCUGCAUCCCAAGAAUCCUAACGGCUGCAACUGGAUAGGAUUUGAUAUGAAUUCCUAGAUAGAAAAUUUUGUGGUGAUUAGAAAAUGCAGGGCUUGGCUGUUCAGGUACCCCAAGUACUAGCAGCAUCCAAUAAAGGGACGAAUUAUAGGAAGAAAAGAAAGCUUCCCUUCAGCCCUUUUCUUGGUUCUUUGCCUUGUUCUCCAAGAGGGCUUAUUUCACCAGCUUCAUCGUCGUCGUCGUUACCUUCGCUAACACAAUGUAGGUGGAUAUCCAGAUCACUUGUAAGGCACAAGACAGUUACGACACAUGCAUCCAGUGUUGGCGUUGGAUCUGGUGGCUUUGAAGGGAGCCAGGAGAAUAACCAGAAUAUUUAUUCCUCUGGGCCUUCAAGUGAUAAUUCUUCUGAGAUUGAGAGGCGUCCUAAUCAAAUUCCUUAUCCUCUUGCUAUAGCUAUUGUACUAUGUGGAUGUGCUUUAGUAUUUUGCCUGAUUGCCUUCAUUAAAGGGAGCCCUUCAGCAGUAUUAUCAGCAAUAGCAAAGUCAGGCUUCACUGCUGCAUUCUCUUUGAUUUUUGUUUCAGAGAUUGGGGAUAAGACAUUUUUCAUUGCUGCACUAUUAGCGAUGCAGUAUGAGAAACUACUGGUCCUUCUAGGAUCGAUGGUUGCUUUGUCCCUUAUGACAGUCCUGUCAGUCAUUAUAGGACGGGUUUUUAAUUCAGUACCUGCUCAGUUUCAGACGACAAUUCCUAUAGGUGAAUAUGCUGCAGUAACACUUCUGAUGUUCUUUGGCCUCAAAUCAAUCAAAGAUGCGUGGGAUAUUCCAUCUGAUACUGCUAAAACUGGAGAAAAGAGCAGCAAUGAGCUUGGUGAAUUUGUCGAAGCCGAGGAGCUUGUAAAAGAAAAGGUGUCAAAACGGCUUACUAAUCCUCUUGAAAUUUUGUGGAAAUCAUUCAGCCUUGUAUUUUUAGCUGAAUGGGGAGAUCGCUCUAUGCUUGCAACAAUAGCUUUAGGGGCAGCGCAGUCUCCUUGGGGUGUGGCAAUUGGAGCCAUUGUCGGACACCUAGUUGCCACGACUCUUGCCAUACUGGGAGGUGCAUUUCUGGCCAACUACAUCUCUGAGAAGCUGGUUGGGUACUUGGGUGGAGCUUUGUUCAUUGUCUUUGCUGUUGCCACAUUUUUUGGAGUCUUUUAGUGAAGCACUACAUCAUCGACGAAGAGAGAUUGUUUCAUACAGCCUCGAGGAUCAAAAUCAAUAGUGACAAUUGUUUUGGAGAGAACCCCACAAGACCACCAGUUGCUCAUGGACGAGGCCUGUGGGUGCUCCAUUCAUUAGCUUAUAGGUUUAAAAUUUGGCCAACGGAAAUGAGUUACUAUUGUACAAUAAUGUACUAUUUUUUUGUAUAUUAGAUUAGAGGAUCCUCUGAGCGUGUAGAGAAUUACCUGUAGACGCCAGUGAAACAUGCAGCAAUGACUGCUAAUUGCAGUUCCAAGAAUAAGUAUUUGGUUCAUGAUUGGCAAAUGCAUGCCAGAAUGGUAGUGUAGAGAAAUA